GCCUUGCUUAAAUCACCGUCCUGCAUGGAAAGGCGGUGCCGGAGGAGCUGCAGUUCCAAUAAGCGUUACAACGGGAUGUUUGGAACGGUGAAGUUUCCGUUGCAGAUGGAUCUGAGUGACAUUAAGAUGAGGCAAGAGCGAAAUGAGCCCGUGUCGUUGCCGAAGUUUCCGGCGGAGGACGACUCCAGCGACGGAGGAGAGAGUUGCUGGGAAUUGGUCCGGCCACUUAGGCGUCGGGGAGCAUUGAUGAGCGUCUUAGCUAAGGCCUCAUGUGGAUGUUUUCCCAUCUUUUAGGAUCGUUUUUAUUUAUUUUUUUAUUUUACCAAUUUUUCAUUUUAAAUACUUUUUUACAUAUAUAUACUUCAGAGUUUUGUAAAUUAUACAUAGUCAUAUUAAUAAAAAGUUAAAUAUAAAAGUCUUAGGACUUUGGUUAUCCAAAAAAA